UGGCUCCAAUGUGGCUGGUUUCCCUGCAGUGAGUUGGGCGGCUCACGCAGACCAACGUCAGCUGAGUCCCGUCCAUUCUGGCAUGAAUAAAACUCACACAUUUACCGCAUCUAGAGAGUGAGAGUCCCCUGAAGCCAUGUGGAUUACCCCGGAGGAGGUGUUACUGGCCAACGCGCUGUGGGUAAGCGAGCGGGCGAAUCCGUACUUCAUCCUGCAGCGGAGGAAGGGACACGGGCGCGGAGGAGGCAUCACGGGUUUGCUGGUGGGUACGUUGGAUGUGGUGUUGGACUCGAGUGCUCGCGUGGCUCCAUACAGGAUCCUGCACCAGACGGGAGAGUCACAGAUCUUCUGGAAUAUUGCUUGUGGCUCGUCUCGUAAGGAGAUCACUGAACACUGGGAGUGGCUCGAGACAAACCUACUGCAGACUCUUUCCAUCUUUGACAACGACGAUGACAUUACCACCUUCGUCAAGGGCAAAAUACAGGGCAUCAUUGCUGAAGAGAAUAAAAGUGGCAAACCUCAGGAAGACGAGGAUCCCGGGAAGUUCCGUGAAGCCGAGCUGAAGAUGCGGAAGUUGUUCGGAAUGCCGGAGGGAGAGAAGCUGGUGAACUAUUACCCCUGCAGCUACUGGAAGGGCAGAGUCCCGCGGCAGGGCUGGAUCUACCUGUCCGUAAAUCACCUCUGCUUCUACUCCUUUCUGCUGGGAAAAGAGGUUUCGCUGGUGGUGCAGUGGACGGACGUCACGCAGUUGGACAAGAACGCCACGCUGGUUUUCCCCGAGAGCAUCCGCGUGAGCACGCGAGGCACUGAGCACUUCUUCUCCAUGUUCCUCAACAUCAACGAGACCUUCAAACUGAUGGAGCAGCUGGCCAACAUCGCCAUGAGACAGCUGCUGGACAAUGAGAGCUUCUCCGCCGAUCACUUGCUCCCCAAACCCUGCAAGACCCUGAAAAACGUCUCUGCACUCAAGAGGGACUUAGACGCACGUGCAAAGAACGAGCGGUACAGAGCGCUGUUCCGGCUCACACAGGAUGAGCGUUUGGAUGGGCACACCGGCUGUACGCUCUGGACGCCGUUCGCUAAGAUGCAUGUCAUCGGUCAAAUGUUUGUUUCUAAUAACUACAUCUGCUUUGCCAGUCGAGAGGAAGAUCUGUGUCAACUUAUCAUUCCACUGAGAGAGGUGACUAUAGUGGAGAAAGCGGACAGUAGCAGUGUUUUGCCGAGUCCACUGUCGAUCAGCACUAAAAACAAGAUGACCUUCCUGUUUGCCAACCUCAAAGACCGUGACUUCCUGGUACAGCGCAUCUCUGAUUUCCUGCAACGCACGCCUGACAGGCCAUGUGGUCUGAACACUCAGUCUGAGAAUCCCAGCCCGAGUACGCCGCCCUCUCUGUCCCCGUCCCCUCCUGUCCUGGGGCACGGAGAGACACCCCAAAACCAACACUACAGCCCCAGUCUGCCCACAGCCAAGAAGGGCCUACUGCAAAUCUACCAGCAGGACGUCCCGGAGGAGCUGGGGCCCAAAGUGACGAGAGAGAAGAUGAAAGAAGAAUCAUGGAACAUCCAUUUCUUUGAGUUUGGCCGGGGAGUGUGUAUGUACCGCACAUCUAAGACCAGAGAGCUGGUUCUGAACGGGAUACCAGAGAGUCUGCGAGGAGAACUGUGGCUGCUGUUCUCAGGUGCUCAGAACGAGAUGGCCACACACACAGGUUACUAUGCCAGUUUGGUUGAACAGGCGAUUGGUAAAUAUACUCUAGCGACUGAGGAGAUUGAGAGAGACCUGCACCGCUCCAUGCCUGAACAUCACGCCUUCCAGAACGAGAUGGGCAUCGCUGCUCUGAGACGUGUCUUGACCGCCUAUGCUUACAGAAACCCUAGCAUUGGAUACUGCCAGGCGAUGAACAUCGUUACAUCCGUGUUGUUGUUGUAUUGUACUGAGGAGCAGGCGUUCUGGCUACUUGUGGCGCUGUGUGAACGGAUGCUGCCCGACUAUUAUAACACUAGAGUUGUAGGAGCACUGGUGGAUCAGGGUGUGUUUGAGGAGCUCACCCGCGAGUGUUUGCCGCUGUUGUAUGAGCACAUGCAGGAUUUGGGUGUCAUCUCCACCAUCUCUCUGUCCUGGUUCCUCACUCUCUUCUUGUCCGUCAUGCCUUUCGACAGUGCGGUGCUACUGGUCGACUGCUUCUUCUACGAGGGCAUUAAAGUCAUUUUCCAGGUGGCAUUAGCUGUGCUACAUGCAAACAUGGAUCAGCUGCUGUCCUGUUCAGAUGAGGGAGAGGCCAUGACUAUUCUGGGCAGAUAUUUGGAUAAUGUUGUAAAUAAGCAGACCAUUUCUUCACCUAUUCCCCAUCUUCAUGCCCUGUUGACCAGUGGCAACAACCCUCCACCUGAGAUUGAUGUCUUUGAGCUCAUUAAAGCAUCCUAUGAGAAAUUUGGUAGCUUGCGUGCUGAUGUCAUCGAGCAGAUGAGGUUCAAACAAAGGUUAAAGGUCAUACAGUCACUAGAAGACACAGCCAAGAGGAGUGUGGUGAGAUCGAUCAUGACCGAGUCCGCUUUCAGUAUUGAGGAGUUGGAAGAAUUGUAUGUUCUUUUUAAGGCGAAGCACAUCAUGAGUUGUUACUGGGGAGCGAGCAGCACCGCGGCGGAGCGGCACGACCCGAGUCUGCCGUAUCUGGAGCAGUAUCGCAUCGACAGCGGCCAGUUCACUCAGCUCUUCUCCGCUCUGGCGCCCUGGAGCUGUGGCCUUCACACCAACACACUCUCCAGCCGACUCUUCCGCCUGCUCGACCAAAACAAAGAUUCUCUCAUCAACUUCAAAGAGUUUGUCACCGGACUCAGUGGAAUGUGUCAUGGAGAUAUGACAGAAAAACUCAAACUCCUCUACAGACUUCACCUGCCUCCUGCAUUGUGUCCAGAAGAGGCAGAGUCAGCGCUGGAGGCCGCGCAGUUCUUCACUGACGAUGACAUGCCACAGGAUCCUCUCUUCCUGUCUCAUAUGGACUUCCUGGCACAGGAAGUGACCUCAGGUGAGGAGCUGAAGGAGGCAGGAGAUGCAUUAGCGGCCGCAGACACAGAUGAGAGAAAAGAGGAGAAGCCAAAGGACUAUAAGUACUAUCUGAGAAUGUGGGCCAAAGAAAAAGAGCCAAAGAAGGAGAGCAUCAAAGAUCUGCCUCGGAUGAAUCAGGAGCAGUUCAUUGAGAUGUGUAAGACUCUCUACAACAUGUUCAGUGAAGAUCCCAUGGAGCAGGAGCUGUAUCACGGCAUCGCCACAGUGGCGAGUCUCGUGCUGCGCAUCGGAGAAGUAGGGAAGAAGUUCACCAACAACGGCAGCAAGAAAACUGAAAUCCAGCUGGCCUCAGCAGUCGACGCUCUGCAGCCGGAGAGGGAGGACUCAUCUGGGGAGGGAGGAUCCGGACAGUCUUUGGUUUCCAAGGCCCUGGCCGAGGCGCAGCUGGAGACGCCACCUCCAACAGCGGCCGGCUCCGAUGAAGAGGCCAAAGACGACACGUCUGUUUCGUCCUACUCUGUAGUGAGUGCUGGUUCGCUGCAGUGCGAGGACAUCGCCGACGACACGGUGCUGAUUGGCUGCGCGAGCCGCGACGUGGUGGAUCGGAGACGGGGCAGUCUGCCGGAUGCCGAUUGGUCGAUCACCUUUGAGCAGGUUUUAGCAUCGUUCCUGACGGAAACAUCGCUGGUCGACUACUUUGAGAAAAAAUAUGACAUCCAGAACAAGAUAACGGCAUGCAAGUCACUGAGAGCCGUGGAAAGACAGACAAGUACGUCAAGCGAUCACGAUUUCUCUCUGAACACACACUGACAUGCUCAUAAGAACACAAACACAUACAUAUUCUUGUUUUGCAUAUGUUAUGUGUGUGUGUGU